ACUACUAAAAAAGUACUUAGUACUGAAGAGAAGAAGAUCUUAUUGAAUAAAGAAGCGCAUAGAAAAGCUGUUCAAGAAAGGAUAGCAGACAUUCCGAUACGAAAUUAUAGAAAUUUCAGUAUCGUCGCCCAUGUUGACCAUGGAAAAUCGACUCUCUCUGACCGGUUGUUGGAACUAACAGGUGUUAUCCAACCUGGUUCUAAUAAGCAGGUGCUAGACAAAUUGGACGUGGAAAGAGAAAGGGGCAUUACUGUGAAGGCACAGACAGUGUCCAUGUUCUACAAUGAUCCUGAGACUGGGGAAGACUAUUUGUUGCAUCUAGUGGAUACUCCUGGUCAUGUGGAUUUCAGAGCUGAGGUAUCUAGAUCGUAUGCUUCAUGCGGAGGAGCACUUCUCUUAGUAGAUGCUUCUCAAGGUGUGCAAGCCCAGACUGUGGCCAAUUUCUACUUGGCGUAUAGUAUGGGACUUAAACUUAUACCGAUUAUCAACAAGAUCGAUUUAGAUCAGGCAGACAUUCCUCGUGCCAUGGACCAAGUAGAAGAGACGUUUGAAUUACCCAGAGAAGAUUGCAUUCCUGUUAGUGCAAAGACCGGACUCAAUGUCGAGAAUAUUAUUCCUCUGAUUAUCAAGAACAUUCCUGCUCCUAAUGGAGACGACAGCAAGCCACUUAAGGCACUUUUAGUAGACUCAUGGCAUGAUCCCUAUUUGGGGGUGGUCAUGUUAGUUCAUGUUGUGGAUGGUAAAAUGAAGAAGGGUAUGAAGUUAUUAUCUGCACACUCAGACAAAGUCUACGAAGUAAAAGAAGUGGGGAUCAUGUACCCCGAUAAAAUGCAAAUGGACCAGAUCAAGGCUGGACAAGUUGCCUAUGUAGUCCCGGGAAUGAAGAACCCCAGAGAAGCUCUUGUUGGUGAUACUUUCUUCCAGUAUGGUAAACAUGAAGGAUUGGAAGCUUUACCGGGGUUCGAGGAACCAAAACCGAUGGUAUUUCUUGGAGCUUUUCCAGCAGAUGGCACUGAAUUCAAUGUUAUGGAUGAUCAAAUGCAGAAUUUGGUUUUGAAUGACAGAUCUGUCAGCCUUGAAAAGGAAACUUCCAAUGCCUUAGGUUUGGGCUGGAGGCUUGGAUUUCUCGGGUCAUUACAUGCUUCAGUGUUUAAAGAAAGAUUGGAGAAUGAAUAUGGAGCCAAGAUUAUUUUGACAGCUCCUACUGUACCAUACAAAAUUGUAUAUAGAGAUGGCAGAGAAGAAAUCAUCACCAAUCCAGAUGGUUUUCCUGAUGCCAAGAACCAAGUUAAUGUCGAUACCUAUAUGGAGCCAUAUGUGAACGCAAUCAUGUCUGUUCCAAACGAAUAUGUUGGCACAGUGAUGACAUUGUGUUUGAGCAACAGAGGAGUACAGAAAGAGAUAGAAUAUUUAAAUACUGGUCAAGUUCUUUUGAAAUACGAAAUCCCUAUGGCUCAAUUAGUUGAAGACUUCUUUGGCCAAUUGAAGGGUUGUACUAAGGGUUAUGCUUCUUUGGACUACGAAGAUGCUGGCUAUAGAAAGUCUGAUAUUGUAAAAAUGGAAUUAUGUGUCAAUUCCGAGCCUCAAGAUGCAUUGACCACCAUUUUGCAUAAAUCUCAAGCUCAAUCUCGCGGUAAAGAAUACGUAACUCGAUUCAAAAAAUUUCUCAGAUUCCAAUUGUUUGAAGUUGUUAUUCAGGCCAAGGUGAACAGUAAGAUCGUCGCCCGAGAGACAAUCAAGGCAAAGAGAAAAGACGUCACUCAAAAAUUGCAUGCCGCUGAUAUUUCCAGAUAUAAGAAGUUAUUGGAAAGACAGAAGGAAGGAAAGAAACAGAUGAAGGCUGCUGGACGUGUCCAUAUUGGCAACGAUGCAUACCAAGCUUUCUUACGUCGUAAUGAUUAG